AUGACUGUGGAUGCUGUGAAAGCGAGUAAAGGGCGAACUCCUAAGGACAAGCCUUCAAGUCAAUCAGCUCAAUGCAUUGAUCCUGGCACAUCAUCGACAUUAACUACACCAUCUGCAAGAGACUUGGCAGAAGCUAGGCCCUCAGGAUGCUCUUCCCAACAACGUUUUGGUCAUGUUUCUCUUCAAGACGUAUUGCCGAUACCAAAACCAAAAAGAAAAUUGACAAACAAAGGCCCUAAACCCAUUACUUGUGCUGUUGUAACUUCUUCUCCUUAUAAACGUGCUCUAGAAGAGGCAGAAGAAAAGAAAAAUAAGAAAACUAAGAAGAAACAAGACGGAAAAGAAAAGAGCAGUACAAUGAAGAACGGCGGCAAUGAAAAACAACCAAAUUCUAGAGCAAGCAGAAGAAAUAAGUUAGUGUAUGAACAUGAAUCAGAUGAAGAAGGUGAAGAGGCAAGUGUAGGUUUUGAUUCGGGAGAAUCCCUCCCAGACAUUGAAGUUGGUGUUUCUGUCCCUGAUGUUGACGACGCUGUAUAUCUAUUUUGUGAAGGGGUUUUUUCAAAGGACGCAAAAGGUGAACUUUGGGUCCAGUGUAUAGCCUGUGAGAAGUGGGCUCACAACGAAUGCGCUGGAUGCGAAAAAGAUGCUUAUGUGUGUGACUAUUGUAAAUAG